AUGAAGGAGCCUGGUCUGAAGAAGAGGAAGAAGAACGAGGAGCAGGAACCCACACCGCCGGUAGUGGACGCCACCGGUGCCACCGUCGGAGCCGAUAAACAUGAUGCGUCGGAUCAACCGGCUGUAUUAUCAGAGCCUGUUGCUGCUGGAGGUGGUGGUGCCGAGGCCUGUACACUGGGUAAGCAUGUAGCCGAUGCUUCAAGCUCCGAUAACGACAGGAAGGACGGCUCGAAGAAGACGAAUAUGAGGAAGACGGAUCAAGUGACUGCUGAUGGAGAAGAGGCACGCUUGUUCUUGGUGGAUAAUACUGCCAGCUGCACGGUGGUGGAUUCCAACGAUGGUGUGAUCAAUGAUCAUGGUGCUUCCAUUGAUUACAAGAAGGAAGCCGGGAGCAGGGUCGUUCAGGACAUGGGCCACCAAGAGACUCUGCAAUGA